AUGUAUGAUUUCUGAUCAUUUUACACAUGCCUCAAUGAAAAAAAAUUAUCAAGAGAAACAUGAACGCGAUUGCGACCUCUCGGGAAAAAUCAAGAAAAAUUAAAGAGGAGAAAAUUUCAAUUGAUAUUAACAAAAAUUAUGAAGAAAUCGUUGAAAAAGAAAUAUUUCAAGCCGAAAGAUAGCAGUAAUAAAAACUUAUCAGCCAAAAUACAAAUGCAAAUUAAUAUAUUUAUCAGCUACCAAAAUGAAAAUUGAGAAACAAAUCAAAUCGAGCUUUGAAAACAAUUCAUAUGAUGAUGAAUAUGAUGUUUUUAUAACAAAAAUUACAUUUGAAGCAUGAAGAAUCGAUAA